AUGCAUUUCCUCACUGUUGCUACCCUGUUCGGGGGUGCAGCCGCCCAGAUCAAAUACGCCGGUAACCAGGUUCCCUUUGUCAAGGAAUCAGAACAGGUCGCAUCAAACUUCCCUGAUGUCGACGACGAUUUGUACUCACCCGCGUUCCUGGACCCUGAUCACAUCCCCGAGGGCUUUGCCAAUGGAACAGCUGCGCCAAACCCGCAGCAGUAUCUAGAACAGUUCCUUUGGACACUUGCUUCAAAGAAUGAUUGGAUGACGUACCAUAACCCUACCUUCAAAUCAGAGGAGGGCCGGUCUAUUCCUUAUGUUGUUCUGUCCUCAUCCAAGUCACUGCUUCAAGAGACACCCUUUGCCAGCAGCAACGCCACCAACAAAGUCCGUGUCUGGCUUCAAGGCGGAGUUCACGGAAAUGAACCAGCGGGAGAGGAAGCUCUUCUUGCAUUGCUCGGAAAGAUGGACGCUGAACCUGAAUGGACGGCUUCGAUCCUUGAGAAAUUGGAUAUCAUGGUUCUGCCACGCUACAGCCCUGACGGAUCAGCCUAUUUCCAGCGAACUCUAGCUACGAGCUUCGACCCCAACCGCGACCACACCAAGAUGGCUUCUCAGCAAACCAUCGAUGUCAAGGCUUUGAACCUCAAGUUCAACGCUCACGUCCACCUCGACUGCCACGAGACUAAUGCUGUUCGCCGAUUGACCUACAACAACAAGACAUUUAUCCCCGCGCAGGAUGAUCAAUUCUCAGCUUUCAAGAACCCCAACGUUCACAAGGAUAUUCGCUCCCUCGCCGAAUCUCUAUUCGUACCAAAGGUUCAAUCCGCACUCAAGGACAAGAACUUCACUACCAGCGGCUACGUUGUUGCGUUUCAAGAGGAGGGCGAGGACAUUCGUCUGCAAGACUUUGUCACAGAUACACGUGGUGAAGUCACAGUUUACAUGGGCCAAGGUCUCGCGUUUCUGUCCGAGACACGAGGCAUCGGUAUUGGAAAUCAGUACUUUAAGCGUCGAACAACAGCUGGUUUGACUGCUGCUCUUACCCUUGUGCAGACAGUAGCCGAUAACGCAGAGCUCGUCUACGAUACCGUCGAAGCAGCCCGCGCUGAUUUUAUCACCAACGAUCAAGAGAUCGUUGUCCGUGACCAACCUCGCUGGACAAACGGCACAUGGAAUUACAUCGACGUCGAAACUGGCGAACUUACUGAGGUGCCCGUUAUCUUCGGCAACAACACUCCUCCUGCCAGUAACCUGACUCGUUCCAGGCCGGAAGCCUACAUCUUCAGCCGCGCAUGGUCCAGCGCCGCCAACAAGCUCCGUGCUGUUGGCCUGACCGUAAACGAACUAGCAGUGGACUUUGAGGGCGAGGUUGAAGCAUACAACAUUACGGAAGCAACACUCGCAACAUCAAAAUACGAGGGUACUGUGCUCACAACGGUCAACACUGAGUUGUUCACCAAGAAGAUGAAAUUCCCUGCUGGCUCGUACUGGGUUAGUACCAAACAGCAAUAUGCUGCCCAGGCCUUUGUCCGUCUUGAGCCAGAGAACCCUGAUGGGUUUGCGACUUUCAAUAUCUUCCCCGUUAGCACGGGUGACGAGUACCAGGUUUAUCGCAUUCCUGCAUGA